UGGCCCAGGUGUGGGGCGCGUCACCUGGCCCCGCCGCCUCCCUGCCCGGCAGCUUCCGCCUCCUCCCAGCGCUGCUCAGGUCGGUCAGUCGGGAAAUGCCCGGGCCGCUGGCGGCUCGCUGAGCGACCCCAGGGGCUGCAGCGCCGAGCCCGGACCGCCACUGCCCCCGCCGGCGCAGCCAUGAGUAAGGUCGGCAAGUUGUUCAAGGUCGGCGGCCCCGGGCGCUCCAAGGGGCGCGCGGGCCCCACGCCCCAGGAGGCCUUGGCCCGGCUGCGGGAGACCGAGGAGAUGCUCACCAAGAAGCAGGAGUAUCUGGAGACCAGGAUCCAGAGGGAGCUGGCCGCGGCCAAGCAGCACGGCACCAGGAACAAGCGAGCUGCAUUACAAGCCCUGAAGAGAAAAAAGAGGUACGAGAAACAGUUGAGCCAAAUUGAUGGGACGCUUUCCACCAUUGAGUUCCAGCGGGAAGCAUUGGAAAAUUCCCACACCAACACAGAAGUGUUCAAGAAUAUGGGCUAUGCUGCACAAGCGAUGAAAAAAGUGCAUGAAAAUAUGGACCUAGACAAAAUUGAUUCUUUGAUGGACGAUAUCACUGAACAGCAAGCAGUUGCCCAGGAGAUCUCAGAAGCUAUUUCAAACCGAGUUGGGUUUGGUGAUGAGUUUGAUGAGGAUGAAUUGAUGGCAGAAUUGGAGGAAAUGGAGCAAGAAGAACUGAAUAAGAAAAUGACGGAUGUUAGAUUGCCAAGUGUCCCAUCCACAUCGCUGCCUUCCCGCCCUGCAUCCUCCAGGAAGAAAGUGGAAGAUGAAGAUGAUAUGAGGCAGCUGGCGGCUUGGGCGUCGUAACAUCAGACUGCAGUGUUUAGAACAACAGGUUUCUUACGAUACAGGUGUAAAGGGUUGCAAUAACGUUUUAUAUGCUUAAUAAGUCAGACCCAAUUUGAUCACUUGUUUUACUUUGGUAGGGCCAAAUGAUCUUAAAAAAAAUUAUUUAACUUCGAUACUAUUUUUAAAUGUUUGGUUUUUUAAAGAGAGAUUUUCAGGACUUGGCCAGUCUUGUAUCAUUUUUACAGUGAAGAAUCCAGAUGGAAUUUUUAUUAAAAAGAGCUUUUACUGGGUGGAGCCUUACUACAGAGUAUUUUUGUGAGACGCUGAGGCCCCUAUGUACACACAUGACCAAAUUCACUGCUGGAGUGAAUGUUUGAAACAUAGUAAAGUCAUAAGGGCUUACAAGCAGUGGUCAGUUUGGCUCAGAGUAUUUGAAAGCUAGUGGAACAGCUUCCAUAAGCUGCUCCGAGCACAUGGACCUAAUGGGGCUGCAUAUGGGCACAGAGAUCACCCACCCAGAGCAUCUUGCAGUAUCAGGGUCCCAAAUCAUAAGCUCCUUGGGGCAGAAUCUUCUAUGAAAGGCUUUGGGUUUUUUGGGUUUUUUUUCCCCCUGUAAAUCACCAUAUACACCUAUAUAAUUAGUUAUAAUCAAGGUUUAAAAUCAGUUCAGGCUCAUUCAGUGAAAAUGGUUUGGCUCUCAAGUGUGACUAGGCGAAAACCAGAGUGUAGAAUUAGUUUUAAUCUAGGUCCCUGCUGGUUUAAAACUGAUUCAGCUAAAAGACCGAGAGGAGAUGUGGCCUAACUACUGCUUAUAUGCCUCCCAACUUAACUUUUCCAGGAUGAGUCUUACCUUCAUAUUACAGAUUGUUAAAAGUUGUCAUAAUGGAACUUGUAAUGCUGUGAUUUCAAAGUAACAGUGGUUUCCAAGCAUUCAGUUCCUGUACUGAGACUUGAAUGUAAAUUGUAUCGAAGUGUUAAUAUUUGAAAUUUCUUUUAACUUCUUUCUUUCAUUGCUUUGAAUGUGAGUGAUUUAUAUGUGAUGUUCAUGUACAGUGUUGCACAACUGAUUAUUUUUAGUCUAAAGGGACGAAUGUUAUUUUGAGUGCUGAAGUUCUGUGUAUGCAGAGAAAUCAGAACAAGCAAAAUUAAACAUUUUUCUGUCAAA